CGUAAACUAGCAGACUUGAUACGGUUUGUUACUACCUGCUGUCGGAGGGGAAAAGAAGCAAGAAAUGUCAAAAUGGAGCCCCAGAAGAAGUUAAUAAACUCAGUGGACAGCUGUGUGGAUGAGGCUCUCUGCGGCCUCGUCAGGGCCAGUGGGGGCCUCUCUCUGCUGAAGGGCCACAGAGUCGUGCUCCGGUCCGACCUGGACAACCUGAAGGGCAAAGUGGCCCUGUUGUCGGGAGGAGGGUCAGGGCAUGAGCCGGCACACGGGGGUUAUGUUGGUGCGGGGAUGCUGUCAGCAGCAGUAGCAGGUGGAGUAUUUGCGUCUCCACCCCCUGCCAGCAUCCUGGCUGCCAUUAUGUCCUUGCAUAAUGCAGGAGCCUCUGGGGUCCUUCUCAUCGUGAAGAACUACACCGGCGACCGCCUCAACUUUGGAUUGGCUGCAGAGCAAGCCCGUAACCAUGGCGUCGCUGUUGACAUGGUGAUUGUUGCUGAGGACUGCGCCUUCGACCGACCCAGUAAGGCUGGGAGGAGAGGCCUUUGUGGCACCGUCUUCAUACACAAGUUGGCAGGUGCGUUGGCAGAAGAAGGCUCUUCAUUGGACCAGAUUGUUGCCAAGGUGACAGCAGUUUUGAAGGGGAUUGGUACACUGGGGGUGAGUCUGUCUCCGUGCAGCGUCCCAGGCUGCCUGCCUUCGUUUGACCUGCCACCAGGAGAAAUGGAGCUGGGACUGGGUAUCCAUGGUGAACCUGGAAUCAAAAGGUCAAAGGUGGCAUCCGCAGACGAGGUGGUGAAAACCAUGAUAGAUCACAUGACCAACCCUGACAGCCAAUCCUAUCUGCCGCUGAAAUCAGGAAACAGUGUGGUUGUGUGUGUAAACAACCUCGGAGCUCUGUCCUGUCUGGAGCUGGCUGUUGUUACUAGAGCUGCCGUCAUCUGUCUGGAGAAUCACGGCUUGGUGGUUGCCAGGGUGAUGUCUGGCUCUUUCAUGACAUCACUGGAGAUGGCGGGAGUGUCGCUGACCCUGAUGCUAGCCAAUGAGGAAACACUGAGACUGUUUGAUGCUAAGACCAGGGCCCCCGCCUGGCCAAACCUCAGCAGUGUGUGUGUGAGCGGCCGCAGCUACAUCACAGAUCCUCCAGCCCUGGGCACACGACCGCAGGACGACACACACUCGGAAGGUCCAUUGAGUCCUGUGAUGCGCAGAGCAUUAGAGCGGGUUUGUUCCUCACUGCUGGAAAAACAGGAAGAACUCAACUCCCUGGACCGCGCUGCCGGGGACGGAGACUGUGGGAACACUCAUGCACAGGCUGCGAGAGCCAUUCAGGAGUGGCUCCAGGGUCACGUGGUCCCUGGUUGCCCUGCGAAACUCUUAUCGGUCUUGGCUGGAUUGGUGCAGGAGAAGAUGGGCAGGUCUUCAGGGGCGUUGUACAGCCUGUUCCUGACUGCGGCGGCUGCUCAUGUGACCGAGGGGCAGAGCAACGCUGCAGCCUGGGCCAGUGCAAUGCAUGCUGGGACGCAGGCCAUGAGGAGGUACGGUGGUGCUGAUCCUGGAGACAGAACAAUGUUGGAUGCUCUGUGUCCUGCUGUGGAUGAGCUGAUGAAGCUGACUACAGCUCCACCUGGUGGACAGAUGCUCAUACUACAGGCUGCUGUGCAGAAAGCUGCAUCGGGGGCGGAGGCAACCCGUGACCUCACGGCCAAGGCGGGACGGGCCAGCUACAUCGCAGCCGAGAGGCUCACCUUGCCCGACCCCGGUGCUGUGGCGGUAGCCGCCAUCUUGAGAGCCGUGCUGGAGUCACUGGAGGGGCAGAAGUAAUGCAGCAAAUAGUACCAGAGCAGAUUAUUACUAUCAGCAGACUAAUAGUAACAGAACAACACUAUCAUGCAUCAAUAAUUUGCACAGAAAAAUUAAUGUGACUAAAUAUUCACUGUGAUGUUAACCCUAUUUUUGCUCAUUUUCAUAGAAGACAUACAGUAAAUGAACAGAAACUAGAAAAGUGGGCACCUGAAAAACAUUCCUUAUAACUGCAAAUGGUUGCAACAUUAAAAUUUUAAAAAUAUCUGUUAUGCUGUUCAAUCAGUUCUAUGUGAAUAAGUCACUGUAGCUUCACAGGCUAGCGUAACAUCCAGUUUUACAUUUCAUACUUUGAAGUAUGUUGUGUUCAGUUGUGCAAAAUGUAAUUUAAAAGAUUUAAGAUGCACAUCAUUAUUGACCAAUACUUAUUAAGUGUCAAAUGUAUCCCGUUUACCUUUCUCUAAACAGGUCAGACAUUAGCAAGCUAAGUUGGUUUAGCUACACAUCAGUCACACUUGGUAGCUCCUGGGUGUAAAUACUUAGUAACAACUAAUUUCUACAUACAUUUCUACAGGUUUAGGAGGUGCGACCUGUUGUAAUUUAGUCAUGAGUAAGUUUCCACUCAGUAAACAACAUUAGAAUAAAGCUAAACUUAAGAAUAGCUGGUCCAGCCGGCUACAGGUCUUCAUGUCUUAAAUCUGUACAUGAAUGAAAUGCACUUUCUUAACAAAACAGUAUUAAU